AUGACCUGGGGAUUUGUGACUUGUGGUCCUAAUGAAGCGCUUGUUGUUUCGGGAUGCUGUUAUUCCAAGCCCCUUUUGGUACCGGGUGGUCGAGCAUUUGUCUGGCCAGCUAUUCAACGUGUACAAAGAAUAUCUCUUAACACAAUGACCCUGCAAGUAGAGUCUCCAACAGUUUAUACAAUUCAGGGUGUGCCUAUAUCUGUGACUGGCAUCGCACAGGUUAAGAUCCAAGGUCAGAAUGCCGAGAUGCUUCUAUCUGCUUGUGAGCAGUUCUUGGGUAAAUCAGAGCAAGAAAUUCAACAUAUAGCCCUUGUGACUCUAGAAGGUCAUCAACGUGCUAUUAUGGGGUCAAUGACAGUAGAAGAAAUAUACAAGGAUAGAAAAAUAUUUUCAAAAAAAGUCUUUGAAGUUGCCUCCAGUGAUCUUAUCAACAUGGGUAUAACUGUUGUCUCCUAUACUCUUAAAGACAUAAGAGAUGAAGAGGGAUACCUAAAGGCACUAGGUAUGGCGCGUACGGCAGAAGUGAAAAGGGAUGCUCGAAUUGGAGAGGCUGAAGCCCAUGCUGAAGCCAGAAUAAAGGAGGCAAUGGCUGAAGAACAAAGAAUGGCUGCGAGAUUCCUCAACGACACCGAAAUAUCGAAAGCGCAACGAGAUUUCGAAUUGAAAAAAGCCGCCUAUGAUGUGGAAGUUCAAACCAUAAAGGCUGAAGCGGAAAUGGCGUACGAGUUGCAAGCGGCGAAAACGAAGCAACGCAUUAAAGAGGAACAAAUGCAAAUAGCGGUUGUCGAACGUACCCAAGAGAUCAGUGUUCAGAAAUGGGAAGUUCAAAGGCGUGAGAGAGAGUUGGAGGCCACUGUUCGCAAACCAGCGGAGGCAGAAAAGUUCCGUUUGGAGAAGAUUGCCGAAGCUCACCGACUGAAGACUGUUCUCGAAGCGGAGGCUGAAGCGGAGGCGGUCAAAGUUCGCGGAGAGGCCGAAGCGUUCGCUAUUAAAGCCAAGGCAGUGGCCGAUGCCGAACAAAUGGCGAAGAAAGCAGAUGCGUGGGAUGAAUAUGGAUCCGCUGCGAUGAUCGAUAUGAUGCUGGACACAUUGCCAAGGGUUGCUGCUGAAGUCGCCGCUCCAUUAUCCCAAGCCCGUAAAGUUACAAUGGUCUCCUGCGGUGACGGUGAAGUUGGUGCUGCUAAAUUAACAGGCGAAGUACUGAGCAUUGUGCAAAGCAUCCCGGACCUUGUCAAAGGCGUCACAGGCGUUGAUAUCUCCAAGAUAAAGGGUAUUACGGAGCCGACGCCGGUCCCCACGCCAACGGCUCGAGGUGACUCGGCGCGGAAAGCGCGAUAA